AAAGGAUUUUCAUUUUUCAGAAUUGCUGCGGUCUGCGGAGCUCUUUUAGUCGAAAUUCGGCCCAUUAGUCAAUCAAAACUAAAUCAUUUUGCUAUUAACACAACAAAUAUAAUGUGCCGGUUAAUGUCUUAAAUGUGAUAAACACGGAGUCAAGAAAUGAGUGUUUUGCAAGAAAUGGUGUAUCAUGCUCACUGUGAAUCAUGCAUUAAGAUAUCCAAAUGCACCAAGAAAACUAUUGAAGGUGAAUCCUGUGCAAUUAUAUGUUGCCAAAGAAAAUGUGGGGCCAGUUUUCACAGUUGUAAAGAAAGUGAGCACAUUCUACUCUGCCCUAAUGUUCAAGAACCCUGUAUCAAUGUGAAUUAUGGAUGUCCCCAUGUUCUCUUGAGAAAACAUCGUGGGAGACAUCUUGAAUCAUGUCCAGCUAGCUGCUUGCCAUGCAAUGCAGAGUGGAAUCGUUGGCCACUGUGCACCAAGGAAAGGCAAAUCCACAUUCCGUUUGUUCAGAUCAAUCCCCAACUCCGAGAAGAGCAGUUAGAUGUGGCCUUGGCACUUCGUGAUCAACGCAUUUUGAACGUAUGGAUGAAUCUUCCUAGAAAAAUUCAGAAACUUAUGCGAUGUAACCUCACACCAAGACAUCCUGCAAUUCCCCUAGUUUUGAGUUUGUGGGAGCCAUCUAUAAAAAAGAAACUCAAAUCCAUUUCCUCUGAGGAUGGUUUGUCCAAUGUGAGCACUCCAAGGCAGUCUGCUGAAAGAAGUGAUAACAGCAUUUUGAGCGUUUCAAGCGCCAUUUCCACCGACGACGAAUCUCCUUGGGGUCGACGCAAAAAACCACCAGGAUUACUUCAAAGCGUUUGCGCCCAGCUUUUCAACAAAAGUACUGGACACAAACAAAAAACAGCUUCGGUCUCUAAUCAAGAUGAUUAUCCAUACUCAAAAAAUGAAGUAGUUGAAGAAGACACACUUAGUGAUAUAAGUAACGGACUGGAUGAUAGUAGUAUUAAUGAGCUCGUCGACGCAGCAUUUGCAGAUUCUGGAAACUCGGGACUUUUACCAGCAAACCCCCCAGAAUUACCAUUGCUUACGACUCUUGGCCUUGACUUGUCGAUUGAGUGCAUACCGCGCUACCAGAACAAACCCAAGUCGAUGUAUACGUUUAUCUGCGCUCAAGACUUCCGCCGAGAUGAAUUCGCCUGGCAUUAUCGCAAUUGGCAUAGCGAAAUACAUGGUGGUCUAGACGGAUGGAUGGAGCAAAGGUGCCCCCUAGCCAGAUACGGAUGCUCGUUUGCCCGACGACGUAUGUUUCCAGUUAACCCAGACCAUCGCGUCAUUUACAGUUCAAUCGUUGAGAGUUUUGGGGUUACCAGGACCAAUUCUUCUGCAUUUGAUCAUGUUAGUACUCCUGGUGAGCUCUGUUUAACUGAUCUUCCAUUCGAGGUGCUUCGAACCAUAGCCGGUUACUUGGAUGGAUUCAGUAUGUGUCACCUGUCGGUUACGUGCCAACUUCUUCGCGAGGUAGCUCGCUCUCUACUUUACAACCGUGGUCUGGUUACUGCUCAUUGGCAAAAAUCCCAGCAAGGAGGUUGGCAUAUUACACAUCAUCGGUGGUCUUUCAGCACUUCUUUCAGCCCUGUAGAACGUUGGGGAUUUGAAAGCAGCUCACAUAUCAGCAACCACCUGAAGGACUGUCGCUACAAUAUUAAAUCUUCGUAUGUCUUUCCUAAUCGCGUUGCCUUACCAGGAUUUACGGAGACCAUCCCUUCCGAGACUCCGAAUUGAUCAACGGUAGAUGUUUCAAAUAUUUAAAAUACGCUAGUUAUUUUCGCCAUCUCCUCGCCUUAGUCCACAUUAUUACUCAUUGGGCGGCAGUUAAAUUUCAAUAGAUAUUAUAAUUUUGUUCGAAAAAAUAUUAUUGUUCAAUUUCGGAAGAAGGAAGCGAUCAGAUUUAUGUUUAGAAAAUUUACAAUAUCUAUGUGAACCUUGAGAACUAAUUUUGGUGUGUGCGGUAGCCAGGUGAUGUAAGGAAGCCGUAAGAAUUAUACGUUGCUACGGGUUCUUUUGGACGAGCAGUGUAAGAUUCAUUUUCAGCUGCCUUUAGAUAUUGGAAUUCCGGUAAAUUUUCGGGUGCCUCAGUAAUAAUUGUGUCUCUUUCCGAUUCUUGCGCUUCUUGUUGGCCACGUUGGCUGCCUCGGUAAACGUACGGUGAGGUGGACUUGAUUUGAGAAACGAUGAACUCGUUAGACGUUUUUGUAGUUUCCUUUUGUUUAGGAGGAAUUUUUGUCUUUGGUUGAUCAGUUUUUUCUUUGAUGGUCACAGUGCGAACGUUUCCAGUUCCUUUUUCAAGAUCUAAGUUGUAGAAAUGGAAUGUACUAUGUAAAAUCUUAAGUGACAUAGUAUUUUAUUCCAGAUUAUUUACUCUUCGUUGGGUCCCCAAUUUGGGUAGAUGAUGUGCUAGCGGUGUAUUUGCCAGAUGCUGUGUGAGCAGCGGUGGCAUGUUCGAAGUUUCGUUUUAUUUCUUCCGUUUUAAUGAUCUGGUCAUCGGCAAACUUGAACGCUGUUGUAAUAACAUCCACUUGGUUCUUUCCGACAUCACUUGAAGAAGGGCUGUUUGAUGGCGUGUCCACUGAGAAAGAUUCAUCUAUUCUAGGCAAUCCAUUCUGGCUGGCAAAAGCUGGUUAAAAAUAACGACUUGCUCAUUUUUUCUUUUUUUUUUUUAAGUUAUGACAAUGUGAUUCACUUGAAAAUUAUUUGUAAAUUACCAACUGAUAAAUUGUUGAUGUUUGUACUAAACUGAGGUGGAAACUGAACGACAUCGGACAGGGAAGUGCGAGUAGGUAAAUCAAAUUUAAUGCUGGUUUCUACUGGACUAAUAUCGAAAAGGUCCUUUCUUCCAUUAUCUGCACCUGUGCGUUUGGAGAUAAAUUGAAAUUUCCUCCACUAAUUUUUUUUUUUCGCUUCCUGCUGUCGUCUUAAAUCGUCAUGCUGUCGCAUCGUUUUGGGUAAGAAUAGGUCUUUGUGAAAUUUAAUUUUUUUUUUACAGAGGAAACAUGUUUGCAUUCGUGUUAGCAAGUGAAUUUGUGAUUUUAAAAUGUGAAAAACACCUCAUCCCAGUCAAUUCCCAGUGUCUUUAUGUCAAAUAGCAAAUAAGUGAAGACUAUCUACCAGUGCUAGUGCUUCCGCUGAAUGUUUCUGUAGAUCCACUAAGGGAGGGAUCAAAUGGAACUUGAUCUACGUUGGGAAUCACAACCCCGAAUCGUGCUGCAAUUGGGUCGAUCUCUACUAAACUAGAUGACGACGGUUUUUGGUCAUUGUUUGCAUGGUGCCCAAAAUCACCAAACGCUGAAAAAUCUGAUAUAUAUGUUGAAUAACUUCCUCUUUGGCCACCGCCGUUGCCACCUGUAUGUAUUCCUAUUUUCGAUAAAGGGAAAUUUUUUUGUAUGUUCUAGAUUUUGCAUGGAAGUAAAGACUUAUCGGAUGUACCUGUCCCAAGUAAUAAAUCGGCAGGCUUGAUUCCAUCGCUUAUUCCACUGCCUCCGAAACUAUCCGAAAACAGGUCGCCUUUGUUCUCCCCAAAGAAAUUUUCCGAAGCCGAAAACUGGCUAAAUCCGGGAGGAACUGCUACUCCAUAAAUUGCUGCAGCCAAACUGCUUGCUUGCGGCCCUGAUCCAUCACCAUUUGGAUAGAUAAGUCCUCCAUUUUGUAAGUACCCCGAGUUUAAUCCUCUGCCAAGUGUUCCGAAGGAAAUCUAAUGUUCGAUCCGGGACAUUUAGACAAGUUAAAAAAAAUAGUGUUGUAAUAUUUACCUGUGAAAGUGAUGGUAUAAUGACUAGAAAAAUUGGGAAAAGCACUUGAAACAGAGCCCGAUUCAUUGUAAUGGUUUUUUCUAUGGGCAUUGGCCGAUUGAAAAGCUAUUACAAGCUACCGCUAGCUAUGAUAAACUGAGCCCAAAAUGAAAUUACGCACUUGCAUUUAUAAUUAUGUCUUAAUACGCAUGAGUAACUUUGACUGAUGCUUCACCGGACUACUUUUCAUUUUCAAUGUGACUACAAUAGAGUUUACGGUGAUGAACCGUUCACUGUUGGACGUUUUAAAUGAUCGGCCCGUCAAGCAGUUUGUCAAAAGCUACAAAUUAGAAGUGGGGCGAUUUCCAAAACUGUCCCAUUUGUCUUAUUAACAAGAUGUGCAAAUCUUCUGAUAAAUUUUAGUAGCUUUCUCAUCUUUGAUCUAAACCGUAACGAAACUUUCUCUUCCCAGAAUGAAGGCGAGCUGACGAGAAAAACAAAAAUUGUAUUGUGGGACAAAUAAAUCUUCAGAAAAGUAGAAUAGAAGCAAAACUGAUGGUAGGCAUCAAGUAAUCAAACGUCAGUGAGUCGUUUCCUCGAUUAAGAUUCAACAAGCUCGUCGGUCCUAUCAUUAAAUGAAGAUAGAUCUGCAUGGUUAUCUGCAAAAAAUCAAGCGAUCAAAUUUACAGAAUGUACGCAUCGUCAUAAAUAAAAUCAAAUUGAAAUUUGAAGUAAAAAAGGGGUGCGCCUGGCAGGAAGGAUACAAGAUGGGUUCCAACCAAAGGUAAUUAAUAAAUGGCGUGCUACGCCGUAGUACUAGUAGUAAUUACAAGUACGCAGUAGUAUAUUAAAACUGACAAGGUUUCGCAUAAUUGUGAAACCAUAGAUUAACAAUGGCGUUGUUGCAUGUUGUUGAUCUUUCGCUUUCAGACAUCAUCUGAGUAAUAAUUACGCUUAACGAUUUUGACAGUACAACUUUAGGCUGCAGAAAAUCUGCGUACUUUAAUUCCUCUAGAGUGAAUUGUCGCUUCGACGAUCUGGACGAUUCUCCUUUUUUAUCCAUGUAGAUAUGUUGUGUCUGCUCUCUCCUUUCCCCUUGUUCUUCCUUUACCAAACCUCUUCUUUUGGAUAGAUUAGUUGGGUACUCUUCAUCUUCUUCAUUGAAGUUGCGUGCAAUUCUCCUUUUUCUUGGAGUGGAGGUCUUCCCACGAAUGGCUAGCUUGGUUCCGCUUUCUCCAUCGAUAUCAGAUAUCUUCAUAAUUAUGGUAAGGGAAACGAUGCUAGCUCUUUCUGGGGGUGACAUUUAAAGGUGUGGAAAUGUAAAAAUUCAGAUUUCCGGAACACCUGUAAAAUUCGAUUUAAAAUGAAAUCAUUAUUCAGAACAACAAGAACAAGAUAUUGAUAAAAACACAACCUUUCCACAAUUAUUGCAUGGAAAUGUUCUUCCGUUAGAAUGACUCGUUAUAUGCCUCUUCAAUGUGCCGUUUGACGUAAAUUUCUUAAAAAUAAAAAGUGCAACUGGUAAGCAACAA